AUGAAGAUUUUUACAUACAAAAUUUGGGAAUCUAAUUCUGACAAUUCUGGAAUAGAUGUUCACCACCAAAAUCCUAAAUUAUCUCUACCUUCAAUAAUUCGAGACUCCGAUGAUUCAGAAAGCGACGAUUCUCCACCCGAUAUACCUGAGAACCUUCAAAUCUUGAAUGCUAGCAACAUUUCUGAAAAUACUUUGCCUAAAAUUCAUGCAUACAAUGAGGAUCCCACCGAAUCACGAUCUAUUCCCCAAAUUUUAAUUGGAACCAAAGAUAUUACCAAUACAAAAAUUGAAGUCCAAUCGCGAGCCAUCGAACCAGAAACCACUGUACCUAUGCCCAUGACAGGAAGAUAUUCUCUUCGCCCGAGAUCGAUUGCAGGGAACAAGCGCAAAAGAAGUCACCAGUCUGAAAAUAGAGGAGACGAAUCAUCCAACACAAGAUCAAUCUCUACUAUUAUUGGGGAUAGAGAUACAGAAAAUACAGCUGGCUUUUAUAGCAAUAUUAUCCAAAGUCAGGAAAAAAGUAUAGAUUUAGAAAGAGAGAAUCCCGAUAUCCCACCUUUAAAUAUAGAUGGCUUGGGAAGUGUUGUGGAAGGGACAGAGAUUCAAGAUGAAGAUGACUCCCGAGCUCUAAAGCGACGCAAGGUUGACCUACCCUUACCAUACAUCGAAGGUUCAAACUUUAACACAAAUGAUAAAAAUAAAGGGAAAGAGAGAGAAUACAUGACUCCUGAUGACCAAAUUAGAGAAGUUAUUAUUGAGAAUAAAAUAGAACCCUUGAAAUAUCAAACCACCUCAGAUCUUGAUACAAACCCAGUAACAGCAGGUAUUGCUUGUGAUUUGGAAAACAAACACGGACCAAAUGACGAGGAAAAGAAUAAUAGCAAUGAACCAAGUCCCGAAGAAAAUUUGAAGCACAUCUCUCCCAGCCAUGAAGUAAUAAUUGUUGAUAAUUCGGAAAGUAGCUCGUCAGAAGACGAAGAAUUAGAUGCCCAAGCCGAACAAAAUGAAGGGCCUAACCCUGCGAAAGAAUCGAAAAAUCUCAAACAGUCAAGAAGAGCAAAAAACGAACGAACAAGGCUUGAAGGAUUCCACAGUAACUUAUUAACAAUGUGGGAUGAUUUGCAAAAUCUUCCAAAGAUUGAAGGGGUAUCAAUGGAACAGCCAAAAAAUAUCAGUCGCAAGCUGAAACCAUUCCAGCUCCAGGGCGUUGCUUGGAUGAAAGCAAUGGAAAAAACCAAGUGGAGAGGUGGCUUAUUAGGUGACGAAAUGGGUAUGGGCAAGACAAUACAAGCUGUCUCAUUGAUUAUGUCCGACUGGCCUACAGAGCAGCCAUCACUUGUACUAGUUCCACCAGUAGCACUGUUACAAUGGCAUCAGGAAAUGAACUCUUACACAGAUGGAACUCUAAAAACAUUCAUAUAUCAUGGAACUAACUCUAAAUCAAAGGGAAUAUCUGAAGAAGAAUUACGUGAGUAUAAUGUUAUUCUAAUGUCUUACAACAGUUUAGAAUCAAUGUAUCGAAGACAGGAAAAGGGGUUUAAACGCAAAAAUUGUAUGCAAAAGGAAGUAAGUGUGAUACACAAGAUAAAUUUUCACAGGGUAAUACUUGACGAAGCGCAUAGCAUUAAGUCACGUAACUCUAAUUCCGCAAAAGCUUGUUUUGCAUUAAAAGCAAAUCACAAAUGGUGUCUAUCAGGAACUCCUCUACAAAAUAGAAUCGGUGAAUUCUUUUCGUUGAUCCGCUUCCUGGAAGUAAAACCAUUCACGUCCUACAUGUGUCAGCAGUGUCCUUGCCAAAUUGAUAGCUGGAAUAUGACAGGCUCCAUGAAAUGUGUGAAUUGCUCACAUAGUGGAAUGCGACAUAUAUCCGUUUUUAACCAUGAGCUUCUCAACCCAAUUCAAAAGUUCGGUAAUUAUGGAACAGGGGCUCAAGCUCUCAGCAGAUUAAGAAUUUUGACUGACCGAAUUAUGUUACGUCGGAAUAAGCGCGAUCACUCAUCUGCGAUGGAGCUUCCUGCGAAAGAAAUCCAAGUUGAUCGUCAAUUUUUCGGUGAAGAAGAGAACGAUUUUGCUGGAAGUAUCAUGAAUAAUGGCACUAGAAAAUUUGAGACCUACGUUUCUCAAGGUGUCGUGCUCAACAACUAUGCAAAUAUAUUUGGUCUUAUCUUACAAAUGCGGCAAGUUGCCGAUCAUCCGGACCUAAUUUUGAAGAAACAAGGCGAGGGUGGCCAAAAUGUACUCUUUUGCUGUAUAUGUGAUGAGAUAGCUGAGGAAGCUAUUCGAUCAGUUUGCAGACACGACUUCUGUCGUGAGUGCGCUAAGAAUUACUUGAAAUCUUCAGAAAAUCCCGAUUGUCCUCAGUGUCACAUAAAACUUAGUAUUGACAUAGAACAGCCUGACAUUGAGCAAGAUGAUGCAAUGGUAAAAAAAUCAUCCAUCAUAAAUCGAAUUAAAAUGGAGGACUGGACUUCAUCUUCCAAAAUUGAAGCCUUAGUUCAUGAUCUAUACAAGCUUCGUUCCAAGAACAUGUCACAUAAAUCAAUCAUUUUCAGCCAAUUCACCAGUAUGCUUCAGCUGAUCGAAUGGCGCCUACGUCGUGCAGGAAUCACAACUGUUAUGCUGGACGGAUCAAUGACUCCCGCUCAACGUCAAGCAUCCAUCAAUCAUUUCAUGAAAGAUGUAGAUGUAGAAUGUUUCCUUGUUUCUCUCAAAGCUGGAGGGGUUGCUUUGAAUCUGACAGAAGCCUCGAAAGUAUUUAUAGUAGACCCUUGGUGGAACCCGGCAGCUGAGUGGCAAAGUGCCGAUCGCUGCCAUCGCAUUGGACAAGCUAGACCCUGUUCCAUAACAAGGCUUUGUAUUGAAGACUCCGUUGAGAGUCGAAUGGUCUUGCUCCAGGAAAAGAAAGCCAAUAUGAUUAACUCUACUAUAAAUUCAGAUGAUAGGGCUAUGGAGAGCUUAACUCCAGAAGACAUGCAAUUUUUGUUCCGUGGAAGCUGA